AUUUUAGUUACAGAGAUAUAUCACCCUGUCAAAAUGUAUGUUUACGAUUAAAGGGGUGAAACAACCUAUCGAAACAUACUCAAUCUUUAUAACCUUUAAAAACAGUAGCAUAAUGAUAAAAAUAAAUACAUGUGAAAUUGUUAAUCAGGUUGAUAAUAAAUGUUUAACACUUUACGUAGAAUGGUUAAAUUCACAUUUUAAAGUAAUAUUGUUAGAGCCAACGAUGCCACCGCUAAGUGGUGAGAUGGUUGCCGAAGAUAUUGAUUACUUUUGCAAGGAAUUAGAUAAAUCAUCUGAUGAAUAUCUACAAGAAACAAAAAAUAUAUUCUCUGGCAAAGAUGAAGAAAUUCAAUUUUAUAUUCAAGAUGACAUACUCAGAUGGGAAAGAAAGAAAACAUGGACUCUUGGAAAAAUUACUUUGUGCCCUGUUUUAGAUAUCAAAGUUUUUUCUGAAGCUUUUCAACAGUUAUUAAAAUUGUAUCAAAGUAUUCAAGAUAAAAUAGGCACAUUAGAAAGGGAAAACAAAAAUCUAAGAGAUACAAAUGCAGACUUACUUUCCAAGAUUAACAAAAUGGUAGAAAGUAAAGCUACUAUGGAGCAGGAUCUUUAUAAGAAAUUUAUAUUGAUCUUAAAUUCAAAGAAAAAAAGGAUAAGGGAACUAGAGGCUGCAAUAAAAGAGAAACAAAAUACUGCAGAAUCAGUUUUUGAUGCACAUACAGAUGAAGGCGAAGAAUCGGAGGACGACGAUCAGAAACCUGAUGAUAAUCGUAUUAAAAUUAAAAAACGAAAAUCUCUUGAUAAUGACAAUCCUGAAAGUAUUCAGAAAGCUAGGAAAAAAAAUUCUAUUGUAAAUAAGAAUCACAUUGAUAAUAAUGAAACAAUUAAUAAAACAUCUGUUAAUAAAGUUUGUACAAUGUAUAAAGCACAUUCUAUAAAUUAUUCUACAGCAUCAAAAAAUGAGAACAUUCUUGAAGAACCAGGAUGUAGCUCUACAACCAAAUCAUCAAGAAGUAGUUUAAAUUUUGUUGAAGAAGAAUCUGGGGACGAAUUAUUUUCGUAAUGACGGAAAAUUAUUCUUUAUUAUUUAUUAUGAAAAUUGUGCAAUUAUAAUCAAAAUUUACGUACGUUUUAAACGUAGCCAAAGUUUUUGAAAAUAAUUUAUUGAUUUAUAUUAUUAAUUGUAUAAAAUAUGUUGUAAGAUAAGGCAAUUUUAUAUAAUAGCAAUA